AUGCUACACCACCACCUACUCAAACGUAUUUACUCAGGUGCCUUCGAACCAUAUGUACUUUUCGGCUAUGGGGCCUGGGGUCACAAACUUAAAUACAAACAGAUCAAGAGAACAUUUGAGAUCAUCCAGAGGAGACCUUUAGUAAAAAUAUUGAAGGCUUACCGGACAACAAGCACUCAUGCCCUCCAAAUACUAGCAGGUAUCCUACCUCUCCACUUAAGAGCCAAAGAGCUGUUUGCCAACUUCUUAAUUAAAACUCAAAAAUUACAAGUCAAAUUAAAUGAUACAGUCUUUGAACCAGACAUAUAUGAACCAUCCCUAAACCCUUAUGAGCAACACCCUUGUGAGUGGACAACAUAUCCUUUCAGAAAAACUCCACCAUCAGGAGACGGUAUCGAAAUAUAUACAGACGGCUCCAAAAUUGACAACAAAGUAGGAUCAGCCAUUGCCUGCUAUUACUUUAACAAACUCAUUCGUAUUGACUCACAUAGGCUGGAAGACCACGCCACUGUUUUCCAAGCCGAAGCCUAUGCUUUUUUCAUGGCACUUGAUUAUAUUGAAAAAACGAAUUCAUGGAGUAAUGCCUCAAUUUUCUCAGAUUCGCUCUCGCUCCUGACAGCUCUCGCUUCCCCAAAAAGAAAAACCUGGAUAUUGAAACAACUCAUGGAAAAAAUUAAAAUUGUUAAUACCAACCACCGACCCUCUUUCUUCUGGGUUAAAGCACAUAUCAGAGUUGCAGGCAACGAGGAAGCGGACAAACAAGCUAAACUUGCCACACGCAAGAAUACAGUGUCCCUAUAUUCAUCGAAACAUAAUUGA